AUUUUCAACUAAAAAGAUGGACUCAAAAAAAUUUAUUUGUGUCGCCCCUUUUCGUUCUGUCAAUUCAGUUAAGUACGACAAAUGAUAGUAAAAUUACUAUAACCAGCUUUGAUAUGUUCUCUCAACGCAUACCAGCAGAAUUAUUAAUACAAUAAAAAAAUAAGCAGAAUAAAUAAUGCGAAUGUGAACAGAAGUCGAAGGCGCAGAUAGAGCCGAAAGAAGCUAAACAGUUUUUUAAAUAAAUUACAUGAACAUUGUCAGCUCAACUUCAGUCACUGAACGAGCGACCCUGUGACGCGCAUCGUUGACUACGGGCAACGCUGAAUGCUGAAAGCUUAACGCUCAACGAACGAAUUUAAAAUUAACGAAUUUACAAAAAACCAAACUAAAGCAGCUGAAAUUAUUAACUAAUUAAAAUAUAUUUAAAGUUGUGCGCUCUAACUGGCCACUGACGUCAUCCGAAUACAGUAACAAGGAGCAUUUCCUCAUUCUUCGACACCAUUGCAGAGACGGUCUUAAUUAGCAGCACUGCGUUAAUUGAACUUUCCCAACAAGUGCAGCCAUUGUAUCUGAGCAGUAAUUGAAGUAAAAGAUAGUGUAAUAACAGAAAUGCAGCCCACAACAGAAGCCGCCGAUUCGCAGACGGCUUUGCGAGCAGAACGCAAGCAGGCGCAGCGCAUACUUUACGAUUUACUCAUAGUGAUUUUGGCAGUUAUUCCGAUUAUUAUUUGCGAAUUCGGCAUUGAACCAUAUCGGCGUGGCUUCUUCUGCGACGAUGAGAGUAUACGUUACCCCUUCCAUGGCAAUACGGUCACAGAAGUAAUGCUAGGAUUGCUGGCAGGUGGACUGUCGCUUGUAAUGGUAAUAAUUGUGGAAUUUGUGCGGUUUUACCGACGAGUUGAGCUGAGUGAGAGACGCAAUUUCUUUGGCUGGAGAAUGCCCGUUUGGCUGUAUGAGUGCUCCAAGCAAAUUUCAACAUUUACUUUUGGUAUGUUGCUCGUAUUGGACGCCACCGAAUUGGGUAAAUAUACCAUAGGUCGUCUAAGACCACAUUUCAUGGCAGUUUGUCAGCCGAUACUAACUGAUGGCACCACUUGUAAUGAUCUAUCAAAUCGACAUCGCUAUAUUGAAAACUAUGUAUGUGCUGGAAAUGGUUAUAGAAUUGAAGAUGUCCGCCAAUCGAGGCUUUCAUUUCCAAGUGGACAUUCCAGCAUUGCCUUCUAUGUCACUGUUUAUCUAGCAAUUUACUUGCACUACCGAUUAACCUGGCGAGGUUCUAAAUUGCUGCGUCAUUUCCUACAAUUCAUUUUACUAAUGCUUGGUUGGUUUACGGCAUUGAGUCGCGUUAUGGAUAACUGGCAUCACUGGUCCGAUGUACUUGUCGGCAUUCUGCUGGGCAUUGUUGGUGCUGUAAUUAUGACGCGUUGCGUCGCCAAAUUGCACAAAGAUGGACGUAUGUGCAACUUAAAGCUAAGCCUUCCACGUGCUCCUACCACUACAACUUUACAGGAAGUCAUAUCCACACCGCCACCUUACACCCUCAACACAAUGAACGGCUUCAGUAAUCAACAGUAUUGCACGAAAAUGUAAUCUACGCUCUCAGUUAAUACCACAAUAAAUAAAUUCAAACGAAUUGUUCUCAUAGA